CGCAAACAUACUUAUACAGACUUGGCUACCGCAACGACAGUGCUAAACAGUCUCGUUUCAUAUAAUUUGAAACAGAAGCUACUCCGGCAAAUUGACACGCAUCCACUAAAUUUAGUGCUUGCGAAAUUUCCCAGUGAACGUAGCGAAGCGCGGUUCAAUUCGUCUGUUUACUCAUAGACGGAGCGAAAUGUGUUAGACAUGAAACGACUGACAUCAAGCAUAGUUCUGUUUUUAUUCGGAUUUCUUACUGCAAAAUACCACAUUGUCGAUACUUGUUACAGCACAAUACGGGAUAUCGUCUUACGACACGCACUGUUGUCGAAGUUUUCUGUUUACACAGCCUUUUUUACGGGAAUCUGUCUGUUCUUGUACAUUCCUUUGAACACAAUCGCCGAGCAGGAGGCAGCAAAAAACCACGGGAGCCAUUGUGAACGUGUCCGUGCUCGUGAACAGCUGCUACGACGCGGUAGUUUCUAACAAGAAUCUUGGUGAUUUAACACACUUUCAGUUACACGUUGACGAGAGUGCCUGGCAAUGCCUUUCUCCGAGAAAACACUUCACCUGAACAUCGAGCAGGGUAUUCCCUGUACGGAUUUAAUGAUGAUGCCCGAUGAGUGUACGACGAAUACAGAACCUGUUUCCUGCGGGUCGUAUUAUGUAUUAGAUGACGAGCAUUGCUAUAACACAAAAGUCAAGAAAGCGAACGAACCAACCGCUACAACAAAGACUACUCAGACUUCCAUAGUUCGUGUGUUUUGGCCGCGGAAAUGGAUAACGUAUCGUCAUUCUGGUUUGCUCAUCGGAAAGGUGUUCUCAAAGACUGAUUUAGUUGUCGUUGCUUGCAAACCCAUAGACGAAACUGAUGUCUCUGUUAACUCUACGCACUUUUUCAGUGCUGCUGGCAGCCUGAAUUCCGACAACCCACAUGGCGGCGGUAUGAAUGGUUCUUCAGCUGGUUUGGAAGUCCUUGGCUCCUUAAACUGUGACGAAGACACAGAUGUGCGCACUUCUUCCGGUUUUUGGCUCACCGUUCACUAUCGUAUGCCCUACCUUCACCCUGAAUUCGCUAAAAACUCGACCUUUUUCAAAUUACAGUCCAUCCACCUUGUUUACUUCGAUCCUCCGAAUCCCAAGGAAAUGCAGUAUUUGUCGCUGCAACCUUUGCCUUUAAUGCUUCGAAGAGAAGAUGAAGAGAAUCCUGAUGAUCCGGACCACAAAGAGUAUGUGCACCAACAAUCCCUCGUCGAAAAGUUGCAGGAGCAUUUCCCAAAGACAAAAAUGAAUACCUGGAACUGUAGCCUGAACGCAGAAAUGCUGCAAGUACUCAAUGGCUUUUAUGAUGCCCGUGAACAGCUGCAAUCUUCCGACACGACUAACACACCCAUGUUGUUUCAAAAGUUCGUGUCCUUCUUUGCUUCGGCCACAAAACAAGCACUUUUUAAGCUGUUUCUUUGUUUAUUUUUUAUUGCACGCAUUGUGAACGAAGUGCUUCUACGAAUCAUCCACUAUCGAGUGCACCGGAAAUUGCCGAAUCUAGUCGAGCUUAUGGUAUCGGCACAGCAAGUAGAUCUUCGUCUCCAACAGUCGUGUUUUUGGCCCGUGCAGUAUAUAAAGCUUUGGCGUAGUAAACGACGAAAGUCAUAUCGGCUUUCUGACUACGCAGAGUAUAUUCGUCUGUACAACAAUUUAUGGCUUAUUACGAACGAUAUUAUAUUUGGUAUCACACUUGCGACUUAUGUUACGGAUAAUGUCAACGUAUUGACUAUGCUCCUUGAGCGGUUCAUCUUCACGAUUACUGUGGACAAAGUUCGGUCAAUGGUACUUUGGCUGGUUGACACGCCUGCUGGCCUCAAGCUUAACAACGAUAUCUGCAAAUUCCUUGUGAAGUUAUCUGUGUGGAUUAUUGAUGUUUGGAGCAACGUGCUUGAUUACUGUCGUCCUGGCUUGCCAUACUUAGUCUUUAUUGUAGGAUGUUCGGGGUUCUUUGGUGCUAGUCUUACCAUUGCGCUGGUUUCGGAUGUUGCAAAUCUGCUCACUAUUCAUAUUCGGAUGUUGUACAUUGCUUCUGCCCGUAUUUACAACUGGCAACUGCGUAUCCUCUACUCGCUUAUGCAGCUGUUCCGCGGGAAGAAGAGAAAUGUGCUACGUGAUAGAAUUGAUUCCUAUGAGUAUGAUCUGGAUCAACUGUUACUUGGAACAAUUCUGUUUACUGUGCUAAUCUUUUUCCUUCCCACUAUUUUUGUUUUCUAUGCCAGUUUUGCUACUGCUCAAGUGACAAUAAUGGUGUUCAAGGCAUUAUCGGAGGCAAUGCUGGCAUUCUUAAACCAUUUCCCGCUAUUUGCAACCAUGUUGCGUAUAAAAGAUCCAAAACGUGUGCCGGGCGGAUUGAGUUUGGAGAUCAUCCACUCUAUGCCGGAAAACGACGAAUAUUUAUCAACGCUGUAUGUGUAUUGCAAGUCAAAAUCUAUAUCGUUAGGGUCAAUGUUUCAGCAGUACCGCAAACUAGCCCGUCGUCUCUGCGCAUACUACCUAUCAUUUCAGGUUGUUUGGGGGUUAGCUGUUGGUCUGCCGAUCCCGCCUAUUCCCGCAAGCCGGCUAUAUAGCAUUCAGUACUCCAUGCUGCCUCUUCGGCGGGUUUCCAUCCGGCAGCUUUGGCAUCUGUUUCUCACGGCAAACGACAGUGAUCCUUAGGGUCGAGCAAAGAAUGAUGUGUGUGACACAGUGUGUACACGUUGGCCAACAGUGCUUAUUCGACUUGCCCACUGAAGGCAGCCAAAAUUACGACUAUCAUGACUAAUACUGUGACCACUCUACUACUACUACAACUACUACUGCACUACAUAUUUUUUCCGUCUGUUAUUCUUCAUUAACCUGUCAUUCCUGUCAUUCCUAUCAUUUCUCCAAUCCUUAUGGACAUAUAAAAUAAUGCCGAGGAUCGCAUUGGCUAUUCGUGCAUGCAGCAAAGACCUUGGUCUUGGUUACUUUUUCUCCUUGACUGUCAGAGCCUGUUAGCGUUGUAUUUGGCAGUUGUUCUUCAGUUUGCUGCCGAAACAGCCUCAACAUUCGUCUGCAUACCUUUCUUGGGGAUACUUCCACAGCGUCCGCGAUUGCUAAGAGCUCUUGUUAGCAUCAGAGUUCUGCCGUAUGGUAACGUACACAUUGAGAGAAUCUUGUGUUAAUUUCUCUUGCCCUAAAAUUCGUCUAGUGAUCCAGAGCAUUCUCCCGGUACUAGGGUGCUUUGGCAGCUCAUUGCCGUAGUAAUUCGCGACAACGGGACCACGAAGUUUUUUUCUGAGAAACCGACUAAUACCAGCUUUGGAUCCUGUUCCUUGUGCCGUUCCAAAGACCUCUGAUGAAACCUGUGCGACUUCUAAAAGCAAUUUCUUGUCUAGCGCCAUUCUUCUUUGGAGGGAUUUACAACUCCCACCGUGUUCAAAGGACCCCACUGUAGUAUCAGGUUUAGUAGUGGUGGUGACAUCGCUUUGGAGGGUCAGCACAAGUAUCGGUGUGAGGAUGGCAUGCAGGCAGUAAGGAAAAAGCAACGAUGUAAGCACAAGCAAAACGCGGAGCCUGAGAGAAACUAAAUGCAGCGACCGGGAAACGGAACGCUUUUUACGGCACGGGGUACACGUCUACAGGGAGCCCUAAACAUCGGUUGUCUCGUCAAUAACUGAGCUUUUUCCGAUACUAAAGUUACGCUCCUCGUCCAGUCCAACUGGUCUUCGUCUGUCGCCGCUUUACACAAUUAACCAUUUUGCCUUGUGAUGCAUCCUCCCCCCUCCUGUCCCUCUCCACCCGUCACUAACUCUUUGUUAUCGGAAUAAAGUCAUUGAUUAAACCAUCUUUGCUGCAACAGACUUUGUUUUGAACGAGUCUGGGAGCACAUUCCAGCACGAAAACAGCAAACAAAAAAAUUUAGGAGUUAAGAAUUUGGGCUCAUGUGCAGCCAGCGGGCGACGGAAGAAAUUGCCCUGUCUAGUUUAUGUACAAAGCCUUCUUAGCGGCAGCCACAACAACAUCAGCAUUGGGCAAAGACAUGUUCUCCAAGCUCUGGUUGUAAGGCAUGGGCACGUCGGCCAUUGUGACACGCUCAACAGGAGCGUCCAAGUAGUCGAAGGCGCUUGACUCAACGAUUUGGGCACAGAUCUCGCUACCGAUGCCGAAGCUGCUGUAAGCUUGGUCGACGGUGACGAGACGGUUCGUCUUCUUCACACUAGCAGCGAUGGUGUCGAUGUCAAGAGGACGGAUGGAACGCAAGUUGAUCACCUCAGCCUCUACACCGUACUUGGACUUGAGGAUGUCGGCGGCUUGAAGGGAAGUACCAACAGAAAUAGACUCACCAACAAGAGUGAUGUCCUUACCGGGGCGCUCGAUCUUGGCAACGCCAAAGGGAAUCACAAAGUCUUCGCUUUGGGCCUCUUCAGACACAGGGAACGUUUGACCGUACAAAAUUUCGUUUUCGAGGAUAACGACAGGGUUGGGGUCACGGACAGCAGCCUUGAUCAUACCACGAGCGUCUUCGGCGGAGUACGGGCUGAGCACCUUGAGACCAGGGACGGAACCGUACCAAGGACCGAAAUGGUGCGAAUGCUGAGCAGCGACAGCGGCAGCAGGACCAUUGGGACCACGGAAAACGAUGGGGCAGUUUUGGAUACCACCGGACAUGUACAGGGUACGAGCGGCCGAGUUGAUGAUGUGGUCGAUGGCUUGCAUGGAGAAGUUGAAUGUCAUGAAUUCACAAAUAGGACGGAGACCAGCAAAAGCAGCACCCGUGCACAGACCAGCGAAACCCAUCUCGGUAAUAGGACUGUCAAUAACACGCUUGGGUCCAAACUUGUCCAACAAGCCACGAGAAACCUUGUAGGCACCGUUGUACUGAGCGACUUCCUCACCCAAGAGGAAAACCUUCUCGUCACGCUUCAUUUCCUCCUCCAUUGCGCCAUUCAACGCGUCUCUGACGGUCAACUAUACCAAAAUACGCGUCAGCAACCAUUUACCGCAUGUCGAACUCCAACCUGUCGUGUUUCUGCUUCACCACAUAAUUGACGCACAUACCUCUUUCACGCCAGUAGACGCAAAUCUCUUCGUCACUGAGCGCGCACCGAACGUAGGUCUUGCUCCUCCUCUAAAGAAUGUUCCGAAUCUUACUGUUCUCAACAUGUUGGAAUCCCAGCUGGGUUUUGGUAAAGGGCAGGUACUGCCCUGGCGUAUGAGGACACUUGUGAUGGAUACGCCUGAUAGAGCCGGGCUUCACGCAAUCUUUCGCUGCACCUCGCUAAACUGGAUAACGAGAGAUGUCGUGCAGAUGAGGAGCAUGUGAGGAGAGAGGGGAGGGGGGAGGCGUUUAGGGAUAUGUCAGAAUGUGCAGGAGCGCGACACCGCGUGUUUUUGGGUAAUAAGUGCGAAAUAAGGUUAGGCACGCGUCGCGUCGCGUCGGGUCGCGACGCGAAGCGAAUAUGAACCGACGCGUCGAGCGAAAGCGAGAUGGUUUGUGGAAGCGAAGGCGCCAAACAAGUUGUGCAAGGUGUGUGCGAUGGAUUUACGGAGGAUUGUCGUAUUCCAGGUUUCUCAUUUCGGCAGCCGUUUCUGGCGUACGUGUGCGUGUCUGUCUCCCCAUCCACGACUCUUGACGCGUAACCGAAAACCAGACGCGUCCUCCUUCGCUUUACAUCAUUUCUGCGUCACCGUACUCCCUCCUUAUAUAAGCAACGCACCCGUUUCUCCUCCUGCCAACUGCAUAUA